AAUCUACGGUGCCUCACUGACAUGGUAUUUUGUGGACACUUGUUAAAGUAUUUAGCUGUUUUCCCUGCAGCACUCAGUAACUAUGUAAACGUAUCAUGUAACAAUAAAGCAUUCAUAUCCUUUGGAAAAGAAACCAUCACAGGAAGGCACCAGUUGACCUCCUCAUAACAUCCACCCAUCAGUUACACGAUUGAGAUGUCUCGUCCUGCCCCAUCCCCUAUCUAUACUCUUAGGGGGGCCGGCGGCCCCCUUAACACCCUCCACUUCAGCUGCCAUGGAGAAAACCCCCCACUUCUGUUUUCUGGGUCUUCAAAGGGUACCGUCCAUAUCUGGGACCUGAACAGCAGGAGGGCACAGAGGACUGUGGAGUGUCACUCGGGUAGCUCAGUCAUUUGGGUCAGCACACUGCAGUCCUCACGAACCCUCCUCAGUCAGGGACGAGACAUGCAGGUGUGUCUGUGGGAUCUGGAAGAAGGACGCAGCGAGCCGCUGGAGUCUCUGUGGACGGGUAGCGCUGGAUUUUGUCAGUGCGCGUUGUUGGAGGCGGGCCCUUCAAAGUACCUGCUGGCUUAUGCCGGCCAGCAGACAGAAGAGAUCAAGAUUAUAGAGUUCCCCAGUCAGACCCCAGUUUGCACCCUGGUACCAGAGGCAAAGCUGGGAAUGGUCAUGUGCAUCAAACUGUGGCAGCCUGGCUCGGGCCCUGGACCUCUCCUGUUGGCUGGAUAUGAGGAUGGUUCUCUGUUGCUGUGGGACGUAACCCAGAGGACCAAAGUGAGCCAAGUCAAAGCCCACUCUGAGCCUGUCAUGUGCCUGACCUUUGAUCCCAAGCUUCUGAGGGGAAUAUCAGGCUCCUCUGAGAAGAAACUCUCCUCCUGGAUGCUGGAUGACCAGAACAACUUGCAGCUCCAGGAGUGUGUGAUGCUCACCAACCCCGGGGUUUCUCAGCUGUGCAUCAGGGAGGAUGGUAAACUUCUGGCAUCGGCCGGCUGGGACCACAGAGUGCGGAUCUUCGGCUGGAAAAAGCUGCGGCCGCUGGCAGUGCUGCAGUACCACACCGACAUGGUACAGAGCGUGGCCUUCUCUGACCAUCAGGACGCCAGACAAAGGCUGCUGGCCGCUGGAUCAAAGGACCAGCGGAUCAGCCUGUGGUCCAUAUACAGCGAAGGAGCUGACACAGGCUGAGUGUCUGAACUCUGGGGGGGGGGGGGGUUAUACAGAUUAUUAUGCAAGACAUUAACUGCCACCUGCCUGUAAUGUGACCUAUAGCCCCAGUUUGCUCAUUGGGGUACAGAGCACAAAAGUUGAAGGGAGCUGCAUUGAAAAAAAAACAAGUCAUAUUGGCUUAUAUUAAUGCUUAUAGCUUUUGGUUCUUCUACUAUCGAACAUUCAAUUAUUUCAUUUUUUAUAUCUUUUCACAAACUGUAACAAUGUCUUUAACAUUUGAAGUGACAAAUGUGUGCAAAGUGAAUGUGUACAUGUAGGAAAACUGUUGAUGACCAAACAUUGAGCUGAGUUACCGUCGUGCCAUCAGUGGAACUUGUCCGUUUCUACUGAUCCUGCUGAAACAACUUCAGGUAGUUAAAUAAUCCAGAGUUUACCUCCUCAGCCUGCUGUUUGCUAAGGCCUGCCACCAUGCUCUGUGGCCCUGCCAUCAUAUUGACUUUCUGAUGGGUGAUUUGCUUCACUGGACUUGAAUUUGAGGUAUACGACACACCUGAGCAGCUCUGUAAUCCUGUGUUGUUAUUCUAGCAGCUUUUAGCUUAACACGCAGGCCCUCUAGCCUGACCCGGGCUGUAUUUGUCAAACAGGGUUAAUCACAAAAGGGACAUGGAGAACAGAGAGGUGUUGAUUUACUGGAUGCGCCGAUCAGGAGUCACUCUUCCCGCUUAGCACGAUCUCAUAUGAGCUCAUUUUCUUUUUGUGAUGAAUAUGCUUUCUUUGCAAGGCAGAGAGAAGAGAAAAACUGCAGUUAGACACUGAUCUGUCAUGCUGAGGAAUGUUUGAAUAAAAUAAGAUGUGGUUUAUGAUGUCAAAUACUGAUGGUAUUCUGGGAAAUAUUUGUCAAAAAAGCCCAUAGAUAACGACUUGGUGUUUUUUUCCCCCCGUUCGCUGACCCUAAUAGUAUCAGCCGGGGCGUAGCAUGGGAGCUCGUGUGUAACCACAGCGUGCUGAGAGGGCAGGGGCCAGGGCUUCAGGCACACCAGGCUCCACUACAUAAAGACUGUGUCUCCUGGGAUGCUCCCAGCUAUUGAAGCUCAUCAUGCUGUACAGGAAAGGCCUGAAAAAUCAAAGAGCCAGAUGAGAAUAAUGGCCAGGGCUAAUCGGG